AUACUGUACUCCCUGUCUACAACAACGCCAACCGCCGGAGGGGCUGAAACGCAAUUGACCCAACCUUUUUGUGAGGGCGCGACCCUUUGGCGAUCCCGUGCGCCCUCUCUUUCCUCUGACUUCUUUGCCUCCUCCUCGUCCCUCUCGCCCGGUCCUCUCACUCGACGGAAGACUCUCGCUUCGCCUCCAAGUCCCUUCCAAUGGCGACGGAACCGCUUACCUCGCUCCGCGCGUCACGUGCUUGAGCGAGCACCCAACCGUAUCCCAGCCCCCCACACCAGCGCUCGAGGAGCAUGGCGGCGCCGGGACUGGACGAGGUCAUGGCGUUCCUCACCGACCACGGCUUCGCGGGCGCCGCCUCCGCGCUCCGCGACGACGUCCUCGCCCGCACCGCCGCCGGGGAAGCCGGAUGUGCAGCCACAUUAGAUCCCCAGCUCCCUCCGCUCCGGAUGCCUGGCUCCGCCUCCGGCGGCGGCGGCGGCACGCCGGCGCCCGCGAGCCCCGGCUCCAGCUCUGGCUCGGCGUCCUCCUCUGCCUUCGUCAGCAUGCGCUCCACGCCGUCAGGGCUGCUGAAUCCAUACGGGCUAUGGUCGCCGCGGCACUCGCAUUCUGACGCGUCCUCGUCGGAGAUGGAGUUCGGUACAGCACGCCAGUACGACACCACCGACCUCUUCUUCCAAGAGGGCUGGCUCUACGACGACCACCUCUUCCUUAGCAAGCUGGACGACGAGGAUGACGAGGACAAAGAGGACAAGUUUGUACUCGGUGUUCACGAAGGCUUAGGGCGGAUAGAGAUGGGCAAGCUUGGCGCUGGCCAGUACCGCCGUCAUGAACACGUCGGCAAUGAUAAUUGUGAAGGGUGCGCUGAGGUUUACACCUGCUCGUCACCACUCUGUGGUUGCUGUGGUGGCGGAUUGAAGAAUGAGGACAGGCUCGAGGUGGUCCGGAGCUCUAGCUCUACUGUGUAUGGGAGAUACCAAAUCAUGGAUGACCAGACUGAGAUACUGGACGAUUGUGUCCAUGAUGGGUUUCAGUUGAAGCAGAGCGGGAAUGUUGUGCUUGAUUGUGGUUUGCCAAGAGAUCGUGGGCCAGGAGAUGACCAUUUGGAGCUGAGUGUUGUGGAGAAGGAGCUUCAAAUGCUCAAUUCAUUUGAGACUGAUGCUGUUGCGAAUUAUGGUAUACGUGAUGUCGCAGACAAUGGUGAGUUUGGUGAUGGCAUUGACAAAAAUCUGAAAAGUAGCUGCGACGAAGAACAUCUGAAAGAAGGCCAUAUGAUACAGCCUUUCCCUGACAGUGGUGAUCCUGAUGAUGCUUACGAGUUCGGAGAUGUUGGGUCAUUGAAUGCACAUGUGCAACAUUCUACUGCUCUUAAAGCUGAGGAAGAUCCAGAGACAAAUGUUGAUAUUGCUCUCUCUAAUUUUCAACGAGAAUACGAGGUAUUUGAAUUGAGAAUUAUCCACCGCAAGAACAGGACUGGCUUUGAAGAAAACAAAGAUUUCCCCAUUGUCUUGAAUUCAGUUAUUGCUGGAAGAUAUUAUGUCACAGAAUAUCUAGGUUCGGCUGCAUUCAGCAAGGUCGUGCAAGCACAUGAUCUUCAGACAGGGAUGGAUGUCUGCCUUAAAAUAAUUAAAAAUGAUAAGGAUUUCUUUGAUCAGAGCUUGGAUGAGAUAAAACUCCUGAAGUUUGUGAACAAAUAUGAUCCACUUGAUGAGCACCAUGUGUUGCGCCUCUAUGACUACUUCUAUCAUCAGGAACACCUUUUUAUUGUCACUGAACUAUUGCGAGCAAAUCUAUAUGAGUUUCAGAAAUAUAAUCAGGAGUCUGGUGGUGACGUGUAUUAUACAUUGCCUAGGAUACAGGCAAUAGCUCAGCAAUGUUUAGAGGCUUUAGUUUUCUUGCACCAUUUGAGGAUCAUUCAUUGUGACCUGAAGCCAGAGAAUAUUCUUAUCAAGAGCUACAGAAGAUGUGAAAUUAAAGUCAUCGAUCUGGGAAGUAGUUGCUUCUUGACCGACAACUUAUGCCUCUAUGUCCAAUCACGCUCUUAUCGAGCUCCUGAGGUCAUACUGGGCCUGACGUAUGAUCAGAGGAUUGAUGUUUGGUCUCUUGGUUGCAUUCUAGCUGAACUGUACACUGGUCAAGUACUAUUUCCUAAUGAACCAGUUUCCGUGAUGCUUGCUCAAAUGAUAGGGAUAAUCGGCCCCAUUGACAUGGAAAUGCUAGAAGUGGGACAGGAGACACAUAAGUAUUUCUCUGAUGAUUAUGACCUUUUUACCAAGAAUGAGGAGACAGGUCAGUUAGAGUAUUUGAUCCCGGACAAGUCCUCCUUGCAACGCCACUUACAAUGUCCUGAUUCCGAAUUCCUUGAUUUUCUAUCUUAUCUGCUGCAAAUAAAUCCCAGGAAAAGACCAACUGCCGGUGAAGCAUUACAGCAUCCAUGGCUUUCGUUUGUGUACUGAUGCGCUCCCAACACAGUGUUUCUUCGAUUUUGUGACAGCUUUCUUCGCAUAUGAGAUGAGUUUUUUGUUUCGCCUAAUUUGGAGCCUUAUAAAUCUCUUUAAAAGAAGAUCAGUUUUCUGGGUGUUUCUCUUAGCAUGAAACAUUACAUUUUUGUCGAGUUGUAGAAGAAUGCCCCUUUGUGGUUGCAAGCUUGCCAAACAAAGCCCAUUGUACGGGUUCUGAGUUUUUUGUGUCUUCAGGGCAAUUCGUGGUGUGGACCCCCUGCUCUCUUAGUUAACAUUCAUGAGUUCAUGUAAAUAUCUGAAAUUUUCCUGUGUAUCUGUAGAAUUGAAACCCACACUUGUACCGCAUCUGAUUCACUAAUGGUAACAUAAGAAAUAAUUGUCGAAA